CUUUGACAAUGUACAUUUGUACAAUUAUCAACAUCAUGCUUCUUAACAACAUUAUAAUCCCAAAGAAAAGUCAAAACGAGCAGGACAUAGCAAGUAUACAGCAACGCGUUUCUCCUUGUUUUUACCUAUUCCUUAAUAGACUUAUAAAAGCAACUCAACCUCAACAUUCUAGUAUCUCAUAAUUCAUACAUACAUUGUACAUAUACAAUACAAUUUGUUGUCUUGGAAGAAAUGUGUCCUCUUAGGUUCAUCUUGAUCUUCUUCUCUGCCGUCUUGGCCGCUUAUUUUGCUUGGACCACCGUGACCUCCACCACUCCAGAGAUCGACUUCACAGCUAACGACCACAACAAUAAAUCCUCCUCCAACAAGGAUCAUUUCAGUUUCAUAAAGAUGAUUAGGAAUGGAUUUUGGGUAUUGGUUGACAUGGCCAGCGGGAGGUAUCUUUGGAAAAAUUUGAGGUCCACAAAUGAUCAUGUCCAACUACAGAGCUCUUAAGAGUUCAUAGUUUGAAGAAACGUGUAAUUCUUUUGUUUAUUUUCGUCUCCAAUGGAUGUGACAGAAAUUUGUAAAUUUUAGAAUUUCAUGAAGUAACGUCUUGUAGAAUUGUAAUGAUUUUGCAAAACAAUUCAGUAUUUUAUGCCUCA